AUGGCCGCAUCCACCCUGUCCGUCUGCUCCAGCGACCGGAGCUACGGCAGCCGCGUCUGCCUGCCCGGCUCCUGUGACACCUGCUCCGACUCCUGGCAGGUGGACGACUGCCCAGAGAGCUGCUGCGAGCCCCCCUGCUGUGCCCCCGCCUGCUGUGCCCCCUCCUGCUGUGCCCCUACCUGCUGUGCCCCCUCCUGCCUGACCCUCAUCUGCACCCCUGCGAGCUGCGGGUCCAGCCCCUGCCAGUCAGCCUGCACCAGCUGCUGCCAGCCCUCCUGCUGCAGCUCCUCCCCCUGCCAGGAAGACUGCUGUGUGUCUGUCUGCUGCAAGCCCGUCUGCUGCACCCCUGUCUGCUGCCAGACCUCCCCCUGCUCAGGCUCUUCAUGCUGCCAGCAGUCUAGCUGCCAGUCCUCCUGCUGUAGCUCCUCUCCCUGUCAGCCUGUCUGUUGCACCCCUGUCUGCUGCACCCCUGUCUGCUGCAAGCCCAUCUGCUGCACCCCUGUCUGCUACAAGCCCGUCUGCUGCACCCCUGUCUGCUGCAAGCCCGUCUGUUUCACCCCUGUCUGCUACAAGCCCGUCUGCUGCACCCCUGUCUGCUGCAAGCCCGUCUGCUGCACCCCUGUCUGCUGCAAGCCCGUCUGCUGCACCCCUGUCUGCUCCGGGCCCUCCUCCUGCUGCCAGCCCAGCCCCUGCUCCUCGUCCUGCUGCGGACCGUCCUCCUGUGUGUCCCUGCUCUGCCGCCCCGUGUGCAGGCCCGCCUGCUGCAUGCCCGCCUCAGCCCAGAAGUCCUGCUGCUGA